GUCUCUCCAGGAUACAGGGUUCCAGUGGUGUUCUAUCCACACUACAUACUGACUGUACCUGGUGGGAGGGUUUAGUAAGUCCGAGGGUGGCAUUAAGUUUCCUAAGACAGAUAGACUCAUCUUUGCAGAUACCACCACUGCAGAACAGAAAACAGACCUAGGGAGACAUUUCCUCCCACACACCAUCCCAAUCCCAUUGGCCCUCUAAGACAGCCAAAUUACGAGUCCCUGAAACACAACCUCGUCAUUUCCAGCAUUCUCAGCGUGGACAGCAACUGCAUCCUGAGCGCUUCCUCUGCAGUGUGCUUUGGGAGAGCCACAGCCUUCGGUGCAGCGCGCGCCCGACUGACUCGCGCCCUUGCUCCUCCCUGUCCACCCGCCCCCCUUAGCCACUUUGAGGGAUUUCCUCCCUGGGCGGCCUUUGCAGCAGCAACACGUCUGCCUGGUUCGCGGUAACUGCGAGAAUGGAUCUCCGAGGAAGAGCCCUUCUCAGCGGAGACAGACUUCGGAUUCUCCUGAUGCUCUUCCAUGCAAUGGCCCAAACCGUGGCGGAACAAGAAGUGGAAAAUCUUUCGGGCCUUUCCACGAACCCCGGGAAAGACAUAUUUGUGGUGCGGGAAAAUGGGACGACGUGUCUCAUGGCAGAGUUUGCAGCCAAAUUUAUAGUACCUUAUGAUGUGUGGGCCAACAAUUACGUGGAUCUGAUCACAGAGCAGGCUGAGAUCGCCUUGACCAGGGGAGCUGAGGUGAAUGGCCGAUGUGGCCACAACGAGUCGGAGCUGCAGGUGUUCUGGGUAGAUCGCGCCUACACACUCAAAAUGCUAUUUGUAAAGGAAAGUCACAACACUUCCAAAGGACCAGAGGCGACUUGGAGGCUGGGCAAGGUGCAGUUUGUCUAUGAUACCUCAGAGAAGACUCACUUUAAAGACCCAGUGAGUGCUGGAAAGCACACAGCCAACUCUCAUCACCUCGCUGCCUUGGUAACUCCAGCUGGGAUGUCCUAUGAGUGUCAGGCUCAGCAGUCCAUUUCUCUGGCCUCCAGCGAUCCUCAGAAAACUGUCACCAUGGUUCUGUCUGCAGUGCACGUCCAACCCUUUGACAUCAUCUCUGAUUUUGUCUUCAGUGAAGAGCACAAAUGUCCAGUGGAUGAGCGAGAGCAGCUGGAAGAGACCUUACCCCUGAUUCUGGGUCUCAUCUUGGGUCUUGUCAUUGUGAUAACACUUGUGAUUUACCACAUCCACCAUAAAAUGACUGCCCACCAGGUGCAGAUCCCAAGAGACCGAUCCCAGUACAAGCACAUGGGCUAAGGACCGUUAGGCAGACAGCCUCUAGGUUCUGCCCCCAAACUGGAUCAAUUAGAAUGACAAUGUCACUUUUCACCUGUAUACAGGAUACACCAACAUAGCUACACUCCAACAGGCCGGGUCACCUGAGUCUUGCCUGGUCUCUGUCCAUGCUUAAACCCAGGGAUGGCAGGCAGGUCUUGGGAUCUGUGGGGUUGAAUGGUGACUUUUGUGUCCAUGCUGGGGUGUAAGAGUGGGUGGGUAGGGUAAUAGACAACUUCCAUGCUCAUGACGGCUUAGCUUUGACUCUCUGACUAUGUAAGUCUACAGCACUCAGAAGGACAUAUGUGACCCUUACGUUUAGAAACUGGAAACACUUACUUUGGGAGACCUCUCUUUGCUCCCUUGGCCUCAGCUCACUUACAAGGUUUUCUUUUCUUUCCUCUUAUUUAAUAUACUGAAUUUAAAAUCUUUCUUCUCACAUAUAUUACAUCCCAACUGCAGCUUCCCCUCCCUCCUCUUCUCUACCACCCACUCCUCUACUGUUUCCAGCCUCCUUCAGAAAAGGCAGGCCUCCCAGAGACAUCAACCAAACAUGGCAUAUCAAGUUGCAAUAAGACUAAGCCCCUCCCAUCAUAUUAAGGCUGGAUGAGGCAACCCACUGGGAGAAAAAGGACCCCGCAAAAGCAGGCAAAAGUGUCAGAGACAGCACCCCACUCCCACUGUUAGGGGUUCCACAAGAAGACCAAGCUACACAACCAUAACAUAUACGCAGAAGACCUAGGUCAGACACAUACGGGCUCCCUGAUUGUCGAUUCAAUCUCUGUGAGUCCCAAUGAAAUCAGGUUAGUUGUUUCUGUGGGUUUUCUUAUGGUGUCCUUGACCCCUCUGCCUCUGCCUCCUACAAUCCUUUCUCCACCUCUUCUACAGGAUCCCACAAGUCACACCUAAUGUUUGGCUCUGGUUCUUCACAUCUGUUUCUAUUGGGUGCUGGAUGAAGUUUCUCUGAUGAUGAUUAUGCUAGGUUCCUGUCUAUGAGUAUAGCAGAAUAUUAUUAGGAAUCAUUUCAUUGACCUUUUUUUUAAAGCCUGUUAUGUCUGGUUCUAUCCUAUGUGUUUAGGCUACCCUGCCUCUGGUUCCUGGCCCUCCAGACAAUGUCAGGGGUGGGCUCCCUCUUGAGGCAUGGGUCUCAAGCUGGACUGGACAUUAGUUGGCCACUUCUUCAAUUUCUGUGCCACCUUUAGCACAUCUUGUAGCCAGGACAAAUUGUAGGUCGAAUGUUUCCAGGCUGGGUUGGACUUACAUGGUUUUCAAUGCACACAAAAUACAACCUCAUGCUCCCUGCAGCACGAUCCAUGAAAGUGAUCUACGCUUCUGGCUGGCAUUCUGCAUGUCUAGUGAUUGUUUUGGGAAUGUUCCACUGCUACCUGCACCAAGUGACUUUGCAGCACAAGAACCCGUUUAAUGUCACUAUGCACAGUUGUUUGGAAUUCAUAAUAUGUCAGGUCCAAGUGAAUGGACCUAAAGAAUCAGUCCAUGUGAGUUUGCUUUUGAAAAUGAAUUAAAAAAAACAAACUACA